AUGGAGGGCAAUUUCCCCGAUAUUUUAGCCGAUGGAUUCGGCUCCAGGCACGAUGAUCUCAAUCAAAAAUCGGAUUUAACUUUAAAAUGUGUGGUGGGGUUUGGAGACGAGGAGGAGGAGGAGGAGGUGAUAAAUGAAGAGGAGGAAGAAACAUAUUACCAUGGUACACAGUUAAAAUAUGAUGAUUUAGGUAGUCAUGGUUUGGAGAGGGAACUUGGGCGUACACCUACGCAUGUUGAGCCGUCACUGGACGCGAGUGAACAUCACACAAAAACAAUGACUCCUAUUGGUAGGCCACAACGAAAGAGGGGUGUUCCUUGGUAUCAGCGAACUCCGUUCACAAUGAUGCAAUCCACACCAAAAGUGAAGAAAAUCACCAAAACAAGGGAAAAAAAGCAGUGGAGAGUCCUGAAAAAGCAAAUGAAGACAUUGUGAAUGGAGAGAGUAAUGAUGUUUCAAAUUAGCUCUUGUUGGACAGGUUCAUGCUGCUAGUAUGCUGAGUUUUUGGAAAGAAUGGAGUAUGAUCUCUUCCAACCUCAACACAAAACAUAGGCUGCAUAUACUCCCACUGGAUGUGGAGUUUUGGUCGAGGUUACUUGCAAUUACUGACUCUGGGUGGUUACUUUCUUCGGUAACAUUCGUUAAAUUUAAAUUUUAACUACUUUUUUAGACGAUAAUUUAUAUAAAUAAUUGUAACAUUUUUAUCUUAAAAUGUACAACAUAUUGCGAUAUGGAUUGCCCUGCUCAUGGAAAGACGGCCGACGAACGCAAGGUGGACGAUAUAUCCUCAAGAAAUCAAUUUGCAACUCAGCAAAUCAUUUCUUUUUAGGCAUAUAGCAAAUGGUGUUGGAAGCCGUCCUAAAUGGAAGGAUGUGGAUAUGGUUCUAUUCCCCAUAAAUGUUGUUGCUACCCAUUGGUUUAUGGCGGUGCUACAUUUAGAUACCUGAAAAGUAGAUAUUUAUGAUUCGGCACGAUCCAUGAAUUUCUUCUCAAAGUACCUUACUGGUGGAGAAUUCUAAAGUUUUGGAGAUAGUAUUAUCUCAGAGUUAGAUGUCAUUGAGUACUGGAACGAUUUCCCCGUUUGACACAAAGACAAAGCAAUUGGGGAGUUUAUUGAUUUUGUAGACACGCCACAACAGGAAUAUACUCUUGCUAGAUGGGAUUGUGGAGUAUUCGUAUGCAUGUUUAUGGAAAUGAUUGUUUCGGGGGUACCAGUGAAGAUUGAUAAGCCACGUAGAGAUGCAGGAUUUCUCUACAGAAAAAUAGGAUGACAAAUAUUAUUUGGGAUACUAUAUAACUUGAUUUUGAGAACUUUGUGUAUAUAUUAAUAUGAAAUACUUGUUUUUAGU